CGACUCAAGCGUCCUUCGAGACGGAGAGACGGGGUGACUCGCAGGACAAGCCCUCGUGCCAAGAAGUGACCAAAACCAAAGAUAUCAAAUCAAAAGGCCCGAAGAGCUGCUAACUAGUAUAGAUAAUAAGAUAAUGGGCACAGCCGUGGACCAAAACGGAAAGCAGAGUCUGGAGGAGGCGUCGGAGGUUUGUGGACAGUCUGGUUCGAAGGGACAAAGUCUGAGCAGACCAGACGAGGAGGACGAGCUGAGUGAGGAGGAGAGACGGAACAAGUCGUGGCUGCUGGAGAGAAUUCAAGCCCCUAUUGAAGACCUGCUCCUCUCAUCUGAGGAAAAGAGCAAGAACCCACCCAUGUUCCUCUGCUUCAAAGUUGGAAAACCAAUGAGGAAGUCCUUCGCCACGGCCCUGACGUCCAGCCCGGCCCACCUGUUCGGCCGAGGGAAGCAGCCGGAGUACUGGUUCGCUGUGCCGCAAGAGAGGGUGAACGACCUGUAUGCAUUUUUCGUGCAGUGGUCUCCGGACGUGUACGGGAAGGAGGCCCGAGAGCAGGGCUUCGUUGUGGUGGAGAAGGACGAGCUGGACAUGAUCGAUAACUUCUUCAGUGACCCUGCAUCCUGCAGCUGGGAGAUCAUCACUAUUGACGAAGCAAAGCGCAGGCAGAGUUUCGGCAGCUGUGACGGAGACCUGGCUGUGGAUUCGCUGCCGUUACUGAGUGACACCAGCGACCUGCUGCAGGACACACACAUCGAGAAGCUUGCCUGUCGGCUGCCGGCGCGUGUGCAGGGUUACCCCUGGAGGCUGACCUACAGCACAGAGAAACACGGCACCAGUCUGAAGACUCUGUACAGAAACCUGGCAGAUGUGGACAGUCCUGUGCUGCUGGUCAUUAAAGACAUGGAUAACCAGAUCUUUGGAGCAUUUUCCACUCACCCUUUCAGAGUGAGCGAGCACUGCUACGGCACAGGAGAGACCUUCCUGUACAGCUUCUGUCCUGAAAUCAAGGUGUACCGCUGGACAGGGGAGAAUUCUUACUUCGUGAAAGGCAAUACUGACUCUCUGCAGAUGGGAGGAGGAGGUGGUCAGCUGGGCCUGUGGCUGGACGCCGAGCUGUACAGAGGCACCACCACCAAAUGCGCCACGUUCAACAACCAGCCGCUGUCCUCCCAGCAGGACUUUAACAUCCACAGCCUGGAGGUGUGGACCUUCGAGUAGCUCCUCCUCCUCCACCUGUCCCAGCUACGCCUGCAUUCACUCCCACAUGCAAAGCACUAAAACAAAACAAAAAAGAGAUAAAAAAAAAAAAACCCAUCCGAGUCUUUUGCGCACCG